UGCAAAGCUCCUGUCCCUUGAGAUAUCCUUCUUUAGAUCAUUAGUCUCAUUGAAGAGCUCCCUCAAAUGCGGGGAGCGGCAACUGAGGAAAACGCUUGAACCGUUUUAUUUCGCCGGGACGUGCUGAGGAAAGGGCAAUUUCUGGCUCAUAAGCUUGCUGAAAAUGUCUGUCCAGUUUUCUCCACAGGCACCCUGGAGAAACAACAACAUCAGUUUUCUGAGCAGAGAGGCAGCUGUAACAGAGCAAGGAGAGACUAUCAUAGGUUUCUACCUACUGGCUUUAGGUUGGCUGUCUUGGUUUGGAAACAGCAUUGUGAUUUUUGUCCUGUAUAAGCAAAGACAUCUUCUGCAGCCCACCGACUACCUCACAUUUAACUUGGCAGUAUCAGAUGCUAGUAUCUCUGUGUUUGGUUAUUCACGGGGGAUCAUUGAAAUCUUCAAUGUCUUCAGAGAUGAUGGAUUCAUUAUCACAUCGAUAUGGACUUGCCAGGUUGAUGGCUUCCUGACGCUCCUCUUUGGCCUGGCUAGCAUUAAUACCCUUACAGUAAUCAGCGUGACUCGCUACAUCAAGGGCUGCCAUCCUGAGAGAGGUCACUGCAUCAGCAACAGCAGUAUGACGGUGGCUCUGGUUCUCAUUUGGAUAGCAGCUUUCUUCUGGUCAGCAGCUCCAUUACUUGGCUGGGGCAGCUAUACAGAUCGCAUGUAUGGCACAUGUGAGAUAGACUGGGCAAAAGCCAACUUCUCUACAAUCUACAAGUCCUACAUUGUCUCCAUUUUUAUCUGCUGUUUCUUCCUACCUGUCACAGUCAUGGUCUUCUCAUAUGUGUCAAUUAUCAAUACUGUCAAGCUAAGCCAUGCAUUAACAGGACUGGGUGAUCCCACAGACAGACAGAGGAGAAUAGAGCGGGAUGUCACCAGAGUUUCUAUUGUUAUCUGCACAGCCUUCAUUAUUGCAUGGUCACCAUAUGCUGUCAUCUCUAUAUGGUCUGCCUAUGGUCACCCUGUGCCCAAUCUUACCAGCAUCCUUGCCAGUUUGUUUGCAAAGUCUGCCAGCUUCUACAAUCCCAUUAUCUACUUUGGAAUGAGCUCCAAAUUUCGGAGGGACAUUUUCAUCUUGUUCCAUUGUGCCAAGGAAGUCAAAGACCCUGUGAAGCUCAAACGUUUCAAAAACCUCAAGCAAAAACAGCAAGAGCCCUCUCAGAAAGAAGAGAAGUACGCAGGAGAAAUGCACCCUGCACCAAGCCCUGAUUCUGGGGUGGGAAGUCCAACCAACACCCCACCUCCAGCAAACAGGGAAGCGUAUUUUGGUAUUCUCGAUACACCAUCUAAUAACCCUGAUAUUGAAUGUGAUAGACUGUAAGUUUUGCAGCCACUUAACACAUGCACCCAUUUUGUGUUCAGAAAGACCCUCUUCAGAUCAGUGCUUGAGUGAUUUCCUCAUUCCCAAUCCAUCUGUUUCUUGCUAUAGCACUGAUGAUUAUACAACUCAAGCAAAUCAGACGGUAAAGUGAUAUUUUGCUUCUAUGUAGGUACAAAACGCUACAAAGCAUGUUACAACAUGGGCAGCACACCCAGUGCGAGAAACAUUUGAUUUUCACAUGCAUGCAGGAAAAGGAAGACUGACUUGUGAAGAGCAGGCAUUAGCUAGCAAAAAUAACUAAUAUGUUCCUAUCCAAAUUUUAUCAAUUAGGAGAUUACAUUUCCAAAUAUGUCUUUUGUUCUUCAACAGCCCCAGCCAUAGAGGAUCAUUUCAGCUCUGUGGUGCUGCACACCCCAUGCUGUAGAAGAUGGGCCCUGCUGAGAUUGGUGUGGAGCAAUCGGGGGCACUGAGGCAUGCUCACCGUGGGUCUCCCAGGCCCUGUGUGUGCAUGAGUGCAUGUCUGAUCGCCUGUGCCUGACUCUGUGUGUGUCUGUGCAAGUGCUAGAUGUUGUAGGUCUUGGCAUUUUCUAGUCACUCUAGUCUGAACAGUGGCUUCGUACUUUUCCUCGUUGGUCUGCAGAAUUAUUUCCACCCUCCUUGACCUUCCCAGUGAGAAGGGCCUGGCUGUAGCAUUCAGAUUCAGGAAAGCUGGCCUUCAAUUUUACUGAUCUGUCUCCAAACUGGUUGUUUUUCUACCUGACUACUAAGGUGGAGCAAGAGCUGUUGCACAGGCAAUGAAACCAGAAAUGACACUAAGGUUUUAAGAGUACUGAUGAAGUGUGGCAUCAGAGCUAUUUACAAAAUAUAAUCCAACACUUCACUGCUGCUUCUAAAGGAAGUUUUUGUACCUGCCUGUGGGUAAAAAAUGACUUUUAGGUAAACAUAACUAAGUAGCAAUUAAGGAUAGUGAUUUAAUAGCUUAGCUGUAGGCUUAAAUCAGUAGCAAGACUAUCAGAUGUUAUAAUAUCCAAUGAUUCCACCAAGUUUAUUUUACAGAAUCAAAGUGAGGAGGUAUAUCUUCAUAAUUCCUGACCUUGGAAAUUAACUGCAUACUCAGAGACUUCUGUAAAUAUGUCUCUACAUUAGCUGUGGAAAUUAUGGGUUCAUUUAGUGCCGUCUGCAACUUAAACAAGGGGGGAAAAAAACAGAAAAAAAACCCCAACAACAUUGGUUGCUAACCUCACUGCUAUUUAUGACUUUUUGGAAUCUCACUGUCCGGGUUUGCUAAAAUGUAGUUGUUUUACAAAAGUAUGCUUUUUCAGAUGUGUUUCUUGGGAAAGUUACAAAGAGAGCCUGCCUUCAUUUCCCCCAUUACUCUAUUUGUUUUGAGAAAAAUCACCUGUGUUUUGAAGUUAAAAACAAAUAAACAUUAUAAGCAA